AUGGCCUCAGUCAAGGAGGCCGUGACCCCCGCCCUAUUGGCUGAACUCCGAGCGUUCUGGUUUGGGCACUUUGAGAGCCAGGAUGCGUACGCUCUACCGGGCCAGAAGGAUCUGAUGCCCUGGUUCAUGGGGGGCAAGGCACUGGAUGACAUCUGCAUAGAACGCUACGCCCCGGCUCUAGAGGCCAUCCAGGCGUCGGGCAUCACGUCAGGCAAAGACCUCGUCGAGGCCCUGGAGCCAGCCACCCCGCUGGACUGGCUGAGCCUGGUCCUCCUCCUCGACCAGGUGCCGCGGAACUGCUACCGGGGCGCGUCGUCCAGGCUCGUCUACUCGGUCUUCGACCCGAUUGCGCUGGGCGUGGCGACGGCGGCGAUCGACCGCGGGAUCGUGGAUCAGACGCCGGAGAUCCGCUGGUUCUGCGCGCGCCGCAUGUGGUUCUACCUACCGCUGAUGCACUCGGAGGACAUGGCCACGCACGAGAGGGCGAUGGCCGCGUACCAGGGCAUGGUAGACGAUGUGGAGGCUCUGAUUGCAAGUGAGAGAGUUGACGAGGGGGGUUGCGAGCAUAAGUCUCGGGCUGCGAAGGUGCUGCAGAGGGACCCGGAGGCUGCGAGAAGUAUGGUGAAGUUGAACUUUGAUCUGGAGAAGAAGCACUAUGACAUUGUGCGGCAGUUUGGACGGUAUCCCCACAGGAAUGGGCCGCUGGGGAGGGAGACGACGGCUGAGGAGCAGAAGUACCUGGAUGAGGGCGGCGAGACAUUCACGAGCUGA